UCUGUUCUUAAAAUUGCAUCGUCAGUGCUAAGCUGUUGCUCAUAACGUGCAUACACUACUAAAAACAACAUAUCUGUUUUAUACUGACACUCAACCAAAAAUUACCAAAAUUUGCUAAUGCGUCAAAAUCGGCGUACAUUCGCUCGUGCCUUUUUAUUUGUACGCCUGCAUCGUACACCGAGUUAUCAUAUGUUUGAUUUUUUAAUCAAAUCUAAUGGUCGACGUACUCUGGAACAUUCAUCGAACACUAAGGGUUUCAGGCAGCAUGCACAGCAUGACCAUUAGAAAUUUAUCUAUCGUGGGUGCAGCCAGAUCAGAUUAAAGCAAAAGAAAGUGUUAAAAUUGCAUCUAAAUAUGUAUUUACGGUGUUUAGCUCGUCUAAAUAUUAUACGUAGCGCAAGAGCAGUCUCGAAAGCUACUGCUCUGAUUUUUAUAAAACGGUUUUAAUUCUUUGUUGGCGUUGGCAAUUAGAUUUCGCGGUCAUUAAAGCUACGUUCGGAUAUAAUUUUAAGUGAAUAUAUAAAAGCAAAAAAUUGCUGAUUUUUAAUUUAACCUAUGAAACCCAUAUAAAAGGAGUAUCUCUGGACGAUGUGAGAAGCAGACGCGCUCGCAGUGGCACCUGAUUGUACGUGAAUAUUUCAUAAACAUGCACCGAACUGAAAGUAGCGAGAAACAAAAUAUGUCUUCUGCAGUAUGCCAACCUACUAAAGUUUGUCACAUGGUUAAGCGCGCAGAUUUUGAAGGAUAUGGAUUCAAUUUACAUUCAGAGAAAAUGAAGCCCGGACAAUAUAUAGGUAAAGUUGAUCCACAGUCUCCAGCAGAAGCAGCGGGGUUAAAAGAAGGUGACCGAAUUAUUGAAGUAAAUGGCGUCAACAUCAAUCAAGAGUCCCAUAAGCAAGUUGUGCAAAGAAUUAAGGCCAUGUCAAAUGAAGUGCGACUGUUAAUAGUUUUAAAUGUUCGAAAAGAUGACGAAACUCCCACUGAAGCUCGUUUAAAUGAGACAGAAAUAAAACAAUCUUACCAUAUCGAUGAAAACCUAAGAGGGGACUAUGGGACCAAACAUGAAUUGCCAGGAUUCAGUAAAAGCAUUAACAAUAUUAGUGUGACAAGCUCGAAACGACCUAUCAACGGAGAUGUCGACACAAAUAAGCAUGAAAUCAGUUUUGCUAAUUUAAAUAAUGUCAAUGAAAUUUUGCUGCGAAAACAAGAUGAAAUUCUUUUUCCUUCAACAACUUUUCAUACAUCGUCCUCUCUAAGUGUAAUGAAAACCCCAACAAAUUUCAAUGAAACUCCAAGCGGGGGGUUGGAUCUUCCAAUGACUGUAGCAGAAAUGCGGGCAAAAUUACUUUCUAAAAAAAAGUAUGAUCCGAAAAAUGAGAUUGUAGACCUAAGAAAAAAAUUCGAAAUAAUUCAAAAACUUUGAAAAUAUUUCUAGUUCAUAGAGAAGAUGAACAUUCAUUAACAGCAUUGUUUUGAAUUUGAAGAUAAUAAAAUUUACUACCCAAAUAUUGAAAUGUAUGUAUGUAUAUAAAUCUAUCAACUGACAUGAAGCCUCUAUAAGAAAUUUAUAAUCAUUCUCAUUAGUUUUUGUCUUGAAAUAUAUAAAGAAGCUUAAGAUUAUAUGACUUAAUAUGGAAAAUAGACAUUGAUAAUUUAAAGUCCAAA